AGUAACCGCUGAAAUAAGGGGGCGAUCUUCAUCGGGUCUCUUAACACAGCAGUGUAAAGAGAAUCUAGCCAAUCGAUUCAGCCUGUAAACCGGCAGCUCUCGCUCCGCCUGGCUCAGUUUCAUUGCGACACACGUUAAGUCCGGGUUCAAGGGACAAACCUCGCUUCAGGAUGUCUCUCUCAAACUCACAGGCGUCGCCAUCCAUUCAGAUCUGCAGGAUCAUGCGUCCUGAUGAUGCCAACAUUGUUGGUAAUGUUCAUGGUGGUACGAUCCUGAAGAUGAUAGAGGAAGCCGGAUGCAUCAUUGGAACGCGCCACUGUAACACACAGAAAGGGGAUCGCUGUGUGGCUGCUUUGGCCCGGGUGGAGCGCACAGACUUUCUUUACCCGAUGUUCAUUGGUGAGGUCGCCCACGUGAGUGCUGAGAUCACCUACACAUCCAAACACUCGGUCGAGGUGCAAGUCACCGUUCUCUCAGAGAACAUAGUCACAGGAGCCAAAAAAGUGACGAACAAGGCGACACUUUGGUACGUGCCCCUCUCUCUACAAAAUGUGGACAAAACCAUUGAAGUUCCUCCGAUCGAGUACUCCAGACCAGAGCAGGAGGAUUUAGGUCAAAAGAGAUAUGAAGCUCAGAAAUUAGAGCGACUGGAGACAAAAGAGAGGAACGGUGAAGUCAUCACACAUGUGUCUCUGUCAGAGAGACACACAAAAGAGCCCUACACUGUUGGAUUUAGUCAGUCAAGUCUGAUUCAUCUGAUCGGCCCAUCAGAUUGCACCCUGCUUGGCUUUGUACACGGAGGUGUGACUAUGAAGCUGAUGGAUGAGGUGGCAGGGAUUGUUGCUGCACGUCACUGCAAGACAAACAUUGUGACGGCAUCUGUGGACGCCAUCAACUUCCAUCGCAAGAUUAAGAAAGGAUGUGUGAUCACCGUAUCAGGACGGAUGACUUUUACCAGUAAUAAAUCAAUGGAGAUCGAGGUUUUCGUUGACGCUGAUCCACUGGUUGAAGCAGAUAAAGGAAAAUAUCGCGCUGUCACAGCGUUCUUCACGUACAUCUCCCUGGACAAAGACAACAAACCCCUGCCUGUUCCACCACUGAAGUUAAACGAUGAGGAGGAGCAGAAGCGUUUUGAAGAAGGUAAAGCACGUUACCUGCAGAACAAGGCAAAGAGACUCGCAGAUAAGGAACGACAGCCGUGAUUCUCACCAGGAAACAAACACUGUAUUGUGAAGAAUAUUCUAGAAUCAUUGUACAAUAUAUUAUACUGUACUGUAUUAAGACUGUAUGUCUUCUCCUACAUGUAGCGCACUGUAUGGAAAGGAAAUCACAUAAAUAUCUCUUUUUUUGUUGUUGUUGUUGUUGUCUUACUGCAGUAUACCAAAGCACUUUGUGUGUGUAUCUGUAUGUCAAAUGAAACCAAACCGAAUGUUUAUGUAUUAUUUUACCUUAAACGAUUAAUGAAACUUAUUGUGCACAAAUAAAUGCAUAGGAUUUGAUGAUAAA